UGAACUCAUUCCCAGUAGCAUAUGCCGAGAAUCCGGAACUGCUAAUAAAGUUGUCGCGCAGCAAAAAGAUACGAAAGGCUCCCGAUCCCUGGACCCUGUGGAGUUGCGCUACGCCGCUCCCUACCGGAGUUCGGCAGAACUGAUUGCCACAGACAUACAGCCAAGUGAGAGCCUGGGGAAGAUCCGAUGCGGUGGCCCACGCGGGGAAAAUGCCUAUCCAAUCGUCUCGCUGUGGAUUGCAGUUGUUGAAUUCGAUGUCCAUGGUUUCGCCGUUUUCGUAGCAAGUUUUAUGGGUCGACACCGUUGAUUCGCAGUCGAACGGGUCCUGGCCGGUUUGUGUGUUCACUAUUGUAGUGGCCUCGGUUCCAUAGCUUGUCGAAUACAAUGUUGGGCGGUCUGUUGGCGGCUCUGCUACAGAUGGUGGUUGAACCGGGAAAGCACCGUUCUCUUUGCUUGGAGAAAGCGAGGGUGAUUUUGUCGGGUUGCGUGUCGGUUUGCGUGUCGGUUUGCGCGAAGGCUGGGGUGACGGUCUGGGUGACGGUCCGGGCGAUGGCCCAGGUGUUGGGUCAGGCGUCGGGUGCGGCGUCAGUUCCAGCGAUGGCUCCAGUGUCGGAAAUCGAGUCUCAGGAGCCGAAGUUUUUCCAGGCACCGUUAUCUCAACAUCAUCGACGGAAUUCGAAGUCGUUGCCUCUAUAAUCUCCACGGUAGGCAAAAUAGUGGCUCUUAGAUUAGUUGGUGCAAGUGUAGGAGGAAAAAAAUCGGAAUCCUGAAUAUGCGAUGACGACGAUGACGACAGCUUGAGUUUGCUUCGAGAAAGAAACACCGCCAUGAUAGCAGCAACUAUUACGAUGAGCGCGAGAAGGAAGAAAAUCAGGACCCUCCGGAUCCGAUGGAGGUUCAUCUUUCCAAGAGAAUAACUGUCGCCUUUCUUGAACUUUUUGGAUGCAUCCUCGGUGCGAGUUUCGAUGAUAGAAGAAUGCCCAUCGGUAACAAAAAUGAUUCCUGGUAUUUUACCAGGUACUUUCUUAGGGAGUUGGUUCGUUGCUCCGGCACCAUCGUGGAAUUCAUACUCGCGAAAGGACAACUGCAAGGGAGGAUUGCCGUCCUUGAUAUCUGGCUGGAGACGAGAAAGCUGAUUCGCGGCAUCUAUSUCGUCCUGGUGGUGUUGUGGAUUUUGUUCGAAAGUUGCAAUGUUUGUAUCCAGGACUACAAUCUCUUCCUUGUCUUGAAUUUGUGGGGUUCCAGCUUUGAGUCGUGCUACACCGGGAAUUCGUUCCGCCUUGACGACAGAUUCGUCUUCGAUAUAGAUGUUAUCGACUGUAUCAUUCUCCAUGUCGCUUAGACCGGAUGUAUCUCCUACUCCGCGGCUGUUCAUGGGAAAGGAAGAUUCGUUUCUUUUCGGACUCGGUUCGUCGCCGUCUCCGAUUUCCAGCAUGUCACGGAUGGUGGACUCUCCGAUCAAGCUGUCACCUCCGUUCAACCCAGACGCCUCCCUCUCAUCGACACGAGUUGUCAUCAUUGAUCGAAAAUACUCCAACUCGGGAUUGUCGGUCCAGAUGAGACCCGACUCGACAGAGUUGCCCUCGGCUGUGAUGUUCUCGGUCUCACCAGUCAUUUUGGAUUCCGACUUAUGUAUUAUUUGUAAUGGUACGGUAUGGUACGAAUUUCUUUCUCUAUUGACUUUUUGUAGCUUGAGAGGAAAAAGCAUCUGUCAGCACCGGUACCUCGUGUGGAGGGAAGGUACGAGUGCCGGUACGGGAAGGGACAGCUUUUGAGAGAGAUAAUUACAGUACAGAGUACAGUACGAGUUCUAUCACGAUAGGAGUUUGUACCGUACAUACAGUACUGUAUUACGUUCGUCCUCGUACUCACAAUGACACUCAUUCUCAUUCUCAGCAUGUACCCUAUCUUGCCUCCAUUUUUUUUAGGUUUCGUUUGAAUUUGAAAAAAAGCGCGACAGGCCCUGUGCAUGUGGAUCCACCGGACGCACUCGAAUAACCGUACUUACUUGAGUCGUGGAACUUUAAGUAGGACUCCUUGUCACGGCAGGUAGUCCCGGUAAGAGGAGACAAUACUUACCGAGCUAUUCCCUGGAACCAUGUCGAUUUCAAUUUUUAGAGUAAAAAUUGGAUUCCCGGACACCCCCUACUGAUUAUUGAAAAAAAAAAAAAUAAAACUAAAUCUUCAUA